CUAUCUUCUUCCGCUGGCUGCACCAUUUCUAGCGGCCCGGUAGAAUUUUGCAUCUCUAGAAAUGGAUUCUGUAUUUAUUACAUACGAAUACGCGGCGGGCCGGCGGUGAUAGAUUCUGUUCUGAGUUAAAUCUCCUGCAGUUUUGCCGAAUUCAUUUCUGCAUCCAUGGGUUCAACCCAAGUUGCGAUCUCUCCCGCCUCCUACGCCCCCGGCGGCCGGAGAUUCAAUACCGGAAACAGCAUCAAGAACGGCAGGAAAUCAGGUUUUAGCGAUCCUGGUUUCGCUUUCUUCCUGGUCUCAUUCCUGGUUCUGGUCUCCAUAGCUUGCCUCUAUGCUAGGCUCAUGCUUCCGCCCAAUGUCCACGCAAACCUACCUGUAUUGGGCUGCCGUGAAGACAAUGAGGGCUCAUGGGCAAUUGGUGUUUUCUAUGGGGACUCUCCUUUCUCCCUCAAACCCAUCGAAGACAUGAAUAUACAGAGGGACAAGAGUGCAGCAUGGCCAGUGGCCAAUCCAAUUAUAACUUGUGCUUCAGCUUCUCAGGCUGGAUUUCCUAGUAAUUUUGUUGCUGACCCCUUCCUUUUCGUUAAGGGAGACAUUCUUUACCUCUUUUUUGAAACAAAGAAUCCGAUCACAAUGCAAGGGGAUAUUGGAGUUGCUAAAAGUGUUGAUAAAGGAGUAACAUGGGAACAUUUGGGCAUUGCAUUGGACGAAGAUUGGCAUCUCUCAUUUCCAUAUGUGUUUGACUACAAUGGGAUUAUAUAUAUGUUGCCUGAAAGCAGUGAAAAGGGGGAACUUAAUCUGUACCGUGCUGUAGAUUUUCCCACAAAAUGGGUUCAAGAGAAGGUUAUAAUGAAAAAGCCCAUCAUAGAUCCUUCUAUAAUCCCACAUGAUGGGAAAUAUUGGCUGUUUGGUUCAGAUCACAGUGGCAUUGGAACCCAGAACAACGGACAACUAGAGAUCUGGUAUAGCACCUCUCCUCUUGGCCCUUGGAGGCCCCACACGAAGAAUCCCAUUUACAACACGGACCCGAGCAUUGGGGCCCGAAACGGAGGAAGACCAUUUUUGUAUAACGGAAACAUAUACCGUGUUGGUCAAGACUGUGGCGACACAUAUGGCAGACGCGUACGUGUGUUCAGAAUACAAAACCUCACAACAAACGAGUACGCGGAAGCCGAAGUUCCCUUCGGCAUUGGAGAGUCUAUAAAGGGGAUGAAUGCCUGGAAUGGGGCCCGCAGCCAUCACUUUGACGUGCAACGGCUGAACUCAGGAGAGUGGAUCGGCGUUUUGGAUGGGGACCGCGUGCACUCCGGAGACGUGAGGCAUCGGUUUGUCCUUGGCUUUGCUUCUGUGGUUGGGGUUGUAGUUUUCGUCAUAUUGUUUGGAGUCUUACUCGGGGUCGUGAAGUUUGUUGCGCCUUUGGGCUGGCAAUCCCACAACUUGGGAAAGAAGAGUGAUUCCAUUUCAUCGCGGAAAGAAGAAACGAAAAACCCAUUAUGUUUGAAGUUGGGGUUUCCGUGCAGCCAGUUAAACCGCGUGGGCCUCUUCCUACGUGUGAGAAUAAAACCAAACACAUGUUUCGGAGCUUUGGUUCUUGCCAUGGUGUUCUCAAUUGCAGCUGUUUUGGCGUGUUCCGGUGUCACUUACAUCUAUGGAGGCAACGGUGCUCAAGAACCGUACCCUUUGAAUGGUCACUACUCUCAGUUCACUCUCUUGACAAUGACGUACGAUGCCCGAAUGUGGAACUUGAAAAUGUACAUCAAACACUACUCGAGAUGCUCCUCGGUCCGCGAAAUCGUCGUCGUGUGGAACAAGGGAAAACCCCCACGGGCGAGCGAUUUCGACUCGGCGGUCCCGGUGAGGAUACGAGUGGAGGAGGAGAACUCCUUGAACAACCGGUUCAGACCUGACCCGCUCGUAAAGACCCGGGCCGUUCUUGAGCUCGACGACGACAUCAUGAUGACGUGCGACGACGUCGAGCGGGGUUUCUCGGUGUGGCGUCAGCACCCGGACGGGAUCGUCGGGUACUACCCUCGGCUCGUCAGCGCGGGCCCGCCGUUGGAGUACCGGCCGGAGCGGCACGCUCGCAAGCACAACGGGUACAACAUGAUAUUGACCGGGGCGGCGUUCCUCGACGCCCGGACGGCGUUCAGAAGGUAUUGGAGCGAGGAGGCUUCGGCGGGACGUGAAGUUGUCGACGCGGUUUUCAACUGCGAGGACGUGCUUUUGAACUACCUAUACGCCAACGCGUCUUCGGUCACGGUCGAGUACGUGAAACCGGUGUGGGCCAUGGACAUGUCCAAGUUUUCGGGGGUCGCUAUCAGCGGAAACACGCAAGCUCACUAUCAUGUUCGGAGCGGAUGCCUCCGGAAAUUCUCGGAGAUUUACGGGAGCAUAUCGGACCGGAAGUCGGAAUUCGGCCGCCGGAAGGAUGGGUGGGAUGUAUAGCCCCUUGUUAUUGUUUUUUGUUAUUGUGCUUUUUGGUAGCAUUAGUUAGUUAUUUUUUUGAGAAACGUAUUGUCUUUGAGACAUUAAAAAUGUCAAUAUUGAUGAGUUUUUAGCAUAGUGCAUACUAGUAAUAUUUUUCCUCUUUUAAUGUUUUUUGUCGGGUUUCAUUUAUAAAAUGUUUAAAACUAUAAUUUUGUUUUUGAAUAAUGUUCAAAAAUUAUAAUUGAGAAUAGAGUUGAUGGCGAAUAAAUGUUGUGAUGGGUA